CUACUUCACUUAUCAUAUAUAAAUCAUUAUCAACGUCUAAAUCAAUCAAGAUGGAAGCUGUGGAUCGUAGUGAGGCUGAGAAGACGGUGAAAGAAUUUGACGAAACCAAAGCUGGUGUCAAAGGAAUUGUCGACUCUGGAGUGACCAAGAUCCCAAGAAUGUUCGUACACCCUCUAGAGGAUUUGCAACAAAACAACAUGGAUCAUGAUCUCCGAGUUCCAAUGAUUGAUCUCAAAGGCCUUGAUCAGAGCCCCGAGAGGCGAAAAGAAGUCAUCAAUCAGAUAAGCAAAGCAGCUGAAGCGUGGGGCUUCUUUCAGAUAGUGAACCAUGGAGUUCCACUUGAUGUUAUGGAGGAGGUGCUGAAAAGUGUUCGACGCUUUCACGAGCAGCCCCAUGAAGCCAAGGUGGAAUGGUACUCACGCGAUUUUACAAAAAAGGUAAACUACUUCAGCAAUGGCUAUUUGAAGUUGUCCACUCCGGCGGAUUGGAGGGACACGUUAUCCUGCAACUGCCAGUUCCUAGAAGAUGAAAGCAACUUCCAAGCGCUGCCUCGAGUAUGCAGAUGUGAAAUUGUGGAGUACAGUAAGCACUUGACUGUACUCCGGGAGAAACUGUCCGAAUUAUUGUCUGAAGCUUUAGGCCUAAGCAGUGACUACCUUUCAACCCUAGGGUGCUUCAAAUCAUCAACACUAUCGUGCCAUUAUUACCCAGUUUGCCCUGAGCCCCAUUUGACUUUAGGUGCAACCAAGCACUCGGACAUCCUCUUUCUCACUUUGCUGCUUCAGGACAGUAGUGGUGGCUUCCAAGUGCUUCAUCAAAAUGUUUGGGUUAAUGUUCCUCCACUGCAGGGAGUUUUGGUAGCAAAUAUUGGUGACAUGAUGCAGAUCACUAGCAAUGACAAGUUCAAGAGUGUGGAGCACAGAGUUUUGGCAACACGACUUGCAGAGCCCCGAACAUCAGUUGCAUGUUUCUUCACUGCAGACGACAAGCUCAAACCAUUCGGGCCAAUAAAAGAGCUCGUAUCAGAUGUCAAUCCCCCAAUUUACAGGAACAAUAUCAGUUUUGGGGAAUACAUAGCCUAUUAUAGGCAGAAGGGACAAGAUGGAAACUCUAAAAUUCCUCAUUUUAGACUCAUGAAGUGAUGUACAAUUCUGUUUUCAUGUAAUAAUGUAAUUUCAAUAACAAAGUCUGGCAAUAGAUAAUAAAUGGAUGUAUUGUCUAACUUUGGCAUAAACUUGGAGAAUGCUCUGGUUCGUGCCAAAUAUUGGUGUAUUGUAACCUCCGAGUUUACAUGUAUGAAGCAAAAGCUUUGCUAUUUUCAUGCGAGAUAAUGGGUUUCACAAAGAAGGUGAAUUAUUACA